AUGGACAUAGAAGAGGUCAACUCCGUGGACUUUGGCGAGUUUGUGGACGUGUUUGGUAAUGUCAUCGAGAGAUGCCCACUCAUUGCAGCCGCAGUCUGGUCCCAACGCCCAUUCUCGGACUUGGAAAAUUUAGAGAAGCACUUUUUUGCCUUUUCUGAUGCUCUCCCUCAGUCAGGGCUUUUGCAGGAAGUCUUCAGGCCCUGGCGUCCGGCCCCUUUCAACAUCAAAGCCCCCCUGAGAGCAAAGGACUUUGAAAAGAUUGGAAAAGCUCAGGCUCCUUAUCGCGUCCUCGCUCACUGCCUUGCGGGUCGUAAAUUCCGAGCCUCCGCGGCCGCUCUCACUCCCCUCGGCUCUUCUAGGCCCAAGGUCUCAAAGGACAAACCUGUCACUCUUUGUGCCGCCCUCCUCCCCCGGUCCCGAUCUGGACUGCAGGCGGUGCCUCUGGACCUGGCGCGCCGGCUGCACUGUCCGCCAGCGCAGGAGCUGUGCACCGCCCUGGGAGAAGUGAAGAAGCUCAGCCACCUGCUCCUCGCCGACCUUUUCAGCGCGGACCCAGCCAGGCUGUAG